AUGUACGAAACAGGAUGGUACUCGGUACAGGAUGUGACAUCAGCUAUCGGCUCUAGGAUGCAAGCAAAGGAUCAAGUGGGAGUUGGGAUCGGAAUCCGUACGAAAGAUGGAGUUCUUGUCAUCACUGACAUCAUCGAAAACGGGGCUGCUGCUAAGAGCAACCUGCUGGUUGGGCAAGUGGGAACGUCAGUGACUCUCACUGUAGUGAGGAAAGAAUCGUUUCUGGGGAUCGAGAGCAUGAGAAUGGACAGUAUCUUCAACGUCCCUCUCGUUCGCUGCGGCCAUUCGUCUUCGUCUUUCAGGACUGAAGAUGAGCUGAGCGUGAAGGAGCAAGAAGGGCACUUGAGUGUUUCAGACCUAGAUGAUGUCGAGGCCUUGAGACUGAAAGUUUUUGAGCUGGAGAAUUAUGUUGCUGUCACCUUGCAAAAGCUCGAAGCCGCCAACAGGAGAUGGCAGGACGAGCAGAGGCUGUCAAGGGACCUUCAGAAGAAGCUCGACUCAGCGCAGUUUGACUUCUCCCGUAUGAACAUGGAGGAAGAAUCUGCGAUGGUUCUGGAGAAAAUUAUGAGUGACAUGCAAUAUGAGCUGACGAGUGAGCGAAGUCUGAACGCAAAGCUGCAAGAGGAAGUAAGAAGCUUCCGAAGUCGUAUGGAGGAAUUGAAUCAAGAGAAGGUGGAGUUGCAAGAUUUUUUUGAGGAUGAAGUGUUGGAGGUAGAGACCAAGUUGAAGACGACGAAGCAAGAGUUGUUCGAGUGCAAAUGUGAGCUCAAGGAGAUGAUAGAAGUGUCCAAGGGCGACUUGCAGCAGCUGAACAAUCUGUCCAUUGAGCACGAGAAAUUUAUGAAACGGCUGAGAGAGGUGGAGAAGGAGAAUCGACGUCUGCAAACACAAAUGGAACAGCAAGAUGUCAGCAUGCAAGCCGCGCACACUGAAGAUGCGUUGGCGAAUCUAGAGCAAACUCUGAGCAAGAUAAGAGAGCAUGUCGCGCAAGAUGAAGUUCACCGCCAUGCAAAGAAGAGCGGAGCUGAGAGACUGCAAGCCGAGCUGGUUAAGUCGCGAGCAGCGAUGGGUCAAGCAGAAGUUGCUGCUCGCGCUAUCCGGAGGGAGGCGGAUGAGAUGCUCAUAGCGUCUGAUGGGAUCAAGAGAGAGCUGUUUGCCUCCUCCUUGCAUCGCAUUGAGGAGCUGGAAGUCUUGCUUGCAGACUUGCGGCUCAAGGAGGAGAGGGUCGCUGAGCUUGAGUCUACCUGCUCUGCUGCUGAAACAGACCUCGCCGAGAACAAACUUCAGCUCGAGAGCCUGCAGGAGAAGCUCAACAUCGCCACCUCUCAGCUGGACAAGCAGCUCAAGCGGGCGAGAGAAGCAGAGUGCAAACUUGCGGGAGAGACGAUCAGAGCCAAGAAGAUGGAGGAGCAGGCGAGGAUGGAGAUGGAGGAAAAGAACGCAGAGAUAAGAAGGUUGAAAGAGGAGGUGGAGGAGAAAGUCAAGGAGGAGAAGGAUCAGCGCCGACUGGAGGUGGAGAGGGCAGAACGCGAGGAGAGCGCAAGGAGAGAGCAUGAAGAGAAGAUCAAAGAGCAAGACGAGCAAAUCAAAGAGCUGCUGGAGAGGAGGCGCCAGGGGCAGGAGAAGAUACGACAACUCGAGCUGAAGAUGAAGGAGCAGGAUGACUUGGUCACUGAGCUCGAGGAGAAAAUCGAGGAGGUGGAUGGGGAACGACAGAAGCUGGAAGAGAAAUUGAGGGAGCAGGAAGAGGCGAGGCAAGAGGAGCUUGAGAAGAUGAGAGAGCUUGUAGAGAAAGUCAGGGUGCAAGAACAGUUGAUUACCGGACUUGUUGAAGAGAAGGACAAAGUUCAGCAGGAUCUGGAGGGAGUGAGGCAGGAGGAGCAGCAGGUCCGACGGGAGCUGGAGAGGAGGGAGGAGGAGGAGGAGAACAACCGAGAAGAGCUCCAGCAGAAGAUCAGAGAGCUUGACAAGCUACACCAGGAGGUGAGGGCGCAGGAAACAACACGCAAGGAGAGGGAGGAAGAGCGAAGAGACUUGAUCCGAGAGGUUGAAAGGCUGCAGGAGAAGAGCGCUGAACUGGAAGACAGACUUCGGAGGGAGGAGAUGAAAUGCAGGGAAGUGGAGGAGCAAGGGGGGAGGGAGCUAGAGGGAAGGAUCAAGGAGCUGCAAGAGAUGGAGAGCAUGUUGAAGGACUCAAGAGAGAGAAGGGACGAGGAGGUGAAGGCUCUAUCGAAACACGUGGAGGAAUUGCAAGCAUGUCGAAGUGAGCUCAUCAGUGAAGUCGAAAGGAUGAAGGAGCUGGUGGAGGUGAGGACAGGAGAGAAGGAGGAGGCGAUGAAGUCGCUUCAUUCACUUCAGCACGAGAUGAAUGAGAUGCGAGAGAGGAACAGUGCUGUUUGUUCAACUCCAACAGGACAACAAGAGCAGCAAACUGUCGCCUCCUUGCAAGUUGCCGAGCAGAAGAUCUCCAACCUCACGGCAGAGGCUCGGGCCCUCACCGACAAGCUGGAGGCCCUUGAGAGUGAGCGGGACGAGCAGCGACUUGCGAUCUCCACGCUAGAAGAGGAGCGAAGGCACAUGAGGCAGGCGAUGAAGGCAAACGACAAGACGCUGGAUGCGCUGGACAAAGUCUUGUUGGAGGUCGAGGCCAACCUCGACGACCUCGAGCAGCGGCAGUUCGUUAUCUCCACCUGGAUCAACCAGACCAGGAACGAGAGCGAGAACCGUGAGACUGUCAUUCAUAGUAUGGAAGAGAACUACAAGCAUAUCGUCAACCGAUGUAAUAUGUUGGAGCUCACGAUGAAGAGCAUGGAGAUGGAGAAAGAAACCUUAUCCUUUGAAAACCAUGACAUCAAAGACAAGCUCGAGAAAUCGAGUUUUGAAAAGAGCAUGCUGAUUAAAUGUCUCGAGAACGCCGAGAAGAUCAGCUGGAUUCUUCUUCAGGAAAUUGAGAACACAACAGAAGAUGUUGAGACCAUCUUUUUGUCGUUGCAAGGCAGUCUCGACGAAGGGGAGAACUCCCUGAUAUCCAAGUCAGACCAAGAGCUGUUGCAACAAGUCCAGCUGCUUGAGGUGGUGGCCGAGUCGAUGUCCAACACGUCUGAAGCUAUUCUUUCAUCAAUCAAAGAGACGGUUGGCGUUAUGAGCCGCAGGAGAGCUCUUGACACGUCCGAUGCAGCGGAUGUUCGGAGAUCACACGCCCAGCAAGGGGCUGCUGAGGACCUAGACGGACAACCUCCCACUGAUCGAAAUUCGGAAAUUUCGGGCUUGAGGAAAGAAAUUGAAAACCUUCGAGAGAACUUGGGGGCAGCGGAGUCGUCAAGGAUCUCUCUGAUCCAGCAGAAUGAACAGCUGAAGCAGAGUUUCUACACGAAGCAGAAAGAGCAUCUGGACCGGCUCAAGCUCGAGAGGGCGAAGGUGGCAGAGGAGAUGUCGUCAGCCUUCAAGGAGCUCACGACGAGACAAGAAAAGCUCGACCUGCUCUCCUCUGUCCUCUCCUGCAUCACCGCCAAGGACUCUAUCCUCCUCGAAGAAUGCAGAGGCAAACGACUGCUUGCUCCUGCUGCCGACCAGAGGCUGCAGGAGCUGAUUACUGAGGAAGGACAGCUCAGGACUCAGCUGGCUGCCUUAGAUGCGCAAUCUACAAAUUCUUCUACCGUGUUCCAAGAACCUCUGAAAAAGACGCCGGCAAAGGGAGUUCUCAAGAGGAAUUCGAUCGAGUCGGACAAUGCGAUGAACAGUACGAGCGUGUUGGAGGAUCAAACUGUGAGCGAGAGGAAGCGAGUUGCGUUCGCCGAGUCAACGGACGAUCACGAGUUUGAAGAUGUUUUAGUGGAGAUGCAUGAUGUGGACUCAGUCUCUUUGUAA